CAUCAGCGCCACUCUGAAACUAAAACUCAACUCUCUAAAAAUGCUGAGCUGCAGCAGAAGCUUGUUGUCUAAAGCCAUUAGCAAAAACAAAAAAUCGAAAAACAAAAAAAGGCCCAGAAAAUCCAUUUCUAAAAAACGAGCAUAUGAUGAUAUAAAAGUAGUAGUAGAAGAAGAAGAAGAAGAAGAAAUGGAAGAAGAAGAAGAAGGAGAAUUUAGCCUCAAAUCCUCAGCUUCAUCAAACACUCAUGGAGUUCAACCACUCGGAAAUCUUUUCUUCAGCACGAGCUCAGUCAACUCAAGAAAUACUGGCUUAGGUAAUCUCCGAGUGCUUAGUGAUGAACUUGUUCUUGAUAUUUUUGGCCUUCUGGAUGGACCCCAGUUGGGUGUUUUAGCUAUUGUUAGCAAAUCUUUCUAUGUUUUUAGUAACCAUGAACCUCUUUGGAGGAAUCUUGUAUUGGAUAAUCUUAAAGGCGAAUUUUUGUUUAACGGGUUUUGGAAAUCUACUUACGUUGCUUCUUGUUAUCCUUCAUUUGGUGUUCAUAGGAAUGGUUCUUAUGGUGGUUGUUUUAAAGUUAGGGACUUUUUUUCUGAUUACUUGUUUCAAAGUUGGUUAUGUGCUAAUCUUGAAAUGAAACCUGAAUGGCUUGAGCGGGAUAAUAUCGUUAGGAAGAAGGGUAUGUCUGUGGAAGAAUUUGUAUUGAAUUUUGAGGAACUGAAUAAGCCGGUAUUGCUAGAAGGUUGUUUAGAUAAUUGGGAUGCAUUGGAGAAAUGGGAUAGAGAGUAUUUGGUGAAGGUGUGUGAUGAUGUUCGGUUUGCGGUUGGCCCUGUAGAGAUGAAGCUUGAGGAUUAUUUUAGGUAUUCAGACUUAGUGAGGGAAGAAAGGCCAUUGUAUUUGUUUGAUCCAAAAUUUGCGGAGAAAGUUCCGAAGUUGGGUAUGGAGUAUGAGGUUCCAAUGUAUUUUCAAGAGGAUUUGUUUAGUGUUUUGGGCAAUGAGAGGCCAGACUAUAGGUGGGUUAUUAUUGGACCAGCUGGGUCUGGUUCGUCAUUCCACAUUGAUCCUAAUUCAACAUCAGCUUGGAAUGCUAUCAUAAAAGGUUCUAAGAAAUGGGUUUUGUUUCCGCCAGAUGUAGUUCCACCUGGGGUACACCCAAGCCCAGAUGGUUCAGAGGUUGCAUGUCCGGUUUCGAUAAUUGAGUGGUUCAUGAACUUCUAUGGUGCAACAAAGAACUGGAAGAAGAGACCAAUUGAGUGCAUUUGUAAGGCUGGGGAAGUGAUCUUUGUGCCUAAUGGAUGGUGGCAUUUGGUGAUCAACCUGGAGGAGUCCAUCGCUAUCACACAGAAUUAUGUCAGCAGGAGAAAUUUGUUGAAUGUCUUGGAUUUUCUGAAGAGACCAAAUGCUAGCACGCUUGUAUCUGGAACAAGAGAUCGGGUAAAUUUGCAUGACAAGUUCAGAAGUGCUAUCGAAAGUUCUUUCCCUGGAGAUAUUGAUCGGUUGGAGAAAAUAGCAGAGGAAAAAAAGGCUCUAGAGAAAAAGGUUUCCUUCUGGGAUUCAGUAUCAGAUUCCAAGGUGGGUGCCUUCAAGUUCUCUUUUUGAAAGCCCAAUGAAAGCCAUGACACUGCGAUGGCACCAAAUAUUGACUAUAACAAUCUGUUGUCGCUCUAACUCCUUAAAGAGGAAUGAUUUUUGAACAAUUUUGACAUUUAUUUAUUAAUUAUUCACACAAAUUUCACACCAUGACACUCUGCAACUGUUCCUUCAAGUAGAUGUGCACUGUACUUUAUUUGUUUGGCUAUAAUACCAGAGGAUCAACUUACUAGAGUAUAGAUUCUUUGUGACAUGAAACAUCAAAAUUUGUUACAUGAAUCGUUGCACUUGUAACAUUGA